AUGGUGGAAAUCUGGCCUCUUUCCGUGUUUUAUCGAGCGUAUUUUGGGACUAUGAAGUUGAAAGAACGAUUCGCGUUUUGUAUGUGUUUAGUUUGUCUUCUUGUGCCUUUUCUAUGGCUGCGAUCGCAGAUCUCGGAUGAGAAUAAACACCCGCUUAUUCUCUCUGUAAGCGAUACACAAUCUCUUAUGGACGAAAUGGACUUUAAUAGAGUGGAUCAUACGCAUCGGCAACAGCGAUCGAACGAGCAAAUGCUUACGUCGCGUUCAGAAAGAAAAGGUCAUAUAAAGCCAAGCGUAUCUAUAUCUUUGGAGAACAGAGACGAAAAGUAUGUAGGCGACGUGGACGCCGAACAAGGAAACAAAUUAAAGCGACAGGACGCUGUUAAUGACGUAGAUUAUGAAUACGAUGAUCCGUGGACUAUAUGGAAAGACAUGGUGAAAUCUCGUCAAAUCACCUCAAAUAAUGAUAGUGACUCAAUAAAUAUGAUAUUAGAGGCAAUGAUUUACAAACCCAUAGUGGCAGCCGGGGUGGGGCAUGGGGGAACACAAUUAAAGGCUUCCUUAAUCCUUGAAGGAAAUCAGAGGGUUGUCUUCAAGCCUAUGCGGUGAGUCUGCUCAAGUCAAAGUUCUUAUAGUUUUACCAUAAGUGCUUGAAAUAGUGUUCAGCUACAAAAAAAUGUCCUCUACAAAUCACUUACCCAAGCUCAAAAUAUGAGUGUUGGCACUGUGGUGUUAGGCCCGGUUCAGACGCUGAUCUUUUCGUGAGCCAAACCUAAUACAUUGAGUUAAGUAUAUGAAAAGUUCGGCGUCUGAAUCAAUAAUUAGAAACGCCUAUUUCAAUUUGGAAUGGCUCAGCUGUUCUUUUCACCUAGCCUGGCAAGGAAUUUCACCUUUGGAGCAACUUUAGAACGGCUUUGAUUCAGAUGCCGAACUUUUCAUAAAUUAUUAUAAUGUAUUUUGUAAGAAGUUUGACCGAAAUGAGCAUUUUUUAACUAUUGAAUUUAGUUUGGCUGGAAUUAAGAUCGGCGUCUGAAUCAAUUCAACCGGUCUAAAUAAUCUGGGUUGGCCUUAAUUCAAAUAAGGUUCAGCUCAUGAAAAGUUUGGCUUCUGAACCGGACCUUAGCCUUCAAAAAAAUAAGGAUUCCACAAACCAGUUUGGGACCAUACAGGAAAAAAGAUCACAGUCACUUAUAUAUCUUUUAUGUUUUCAUUACUUUUUUAAGAAAAUCUCCAUUAUGUUUGUGGGUUACAGAAACAAUCGUUUUUUACCAUACAAAUCAUUGUACUUGUGUUAUUGUUCAAAGGAUAACCGACCAACACAAUAUUGUUCUCAACAGGUAUUCUAGAGAUUAUGUAAUAGAAGGGCCUCCAUACAAAGGUUUUGACAGACACAAUGGAGAAAUAGCAGCAUUCCAUUUAGACAGGUACAACACAAUAUAUCAAGCUCCUUCUCUGUAUUAAACGGUGGGGAUACUCACGUCAGAAAACUGGAAUAUGAAACCUGAUCUGCUUUCUUUAUUUCUUCAUGCACAAUGCCAAGCAGUGCCAGUGCAUUGGGUAGGAUAUACCCCUAACAUUCGUGUUGGAGCUCCCACAGGCAUUAAGAAGUCCUCUUUUUACCUUCAGGCUAUGUAACUAAUUUUGCAGAGAAAAGAAGAUCUAAUAAUCCAGUGCACCAAAAGUCAAAUAUUUUUCCUGUGCUGUUGUUAACCCUCCAUCUGCGAUUUAAUUUCUUAAAUGGCCAGUGAGCUCCAAAUCUCAGAUUGACAAUUUGCUUUUACAACUAGAAAAUGAAUGUGGAAAAGUUUCAAAUUUCCAUUUUUCUACCCACCUGUCGCAUCAAUUCCUGUGCUAACUUUUGGACUUUGAGCUGUCAGGUGGGCAGUGGACAGCACUGAAAUCCUUGUUCUAAACCCCCUGCCUGUUUACAAGUGUUUAUAAGUACGCACCAUGAUUGGCCUGUUAAAAAUCGCAUUUCUGGUUUGCCAAUCAGGUGAAAGGGAAAAUGAUAUGCACUUCCAGUAAUUAGUAGAGUCUGUUAGGGGCCCAGAACAAGGAUCUUGGUGAUGCUUCACAGGUGUUAUUAACUGGUGUUAGAUUGUAUCUGUGACACAGGCUAUGUGGGUUGCUGGUAACUUUUUUAUCACUAAACAGUUCUCGUCUGCUUUUCAUAUCAGGGUAUUCAUGUAAGGAAAUGUUUUUUGCAGAAUUUUAGGAUUCUACAGAGCUCCCCCCGUAGCUGGAAGAAGAGUCAACUUAGAAGAAGAGAUAGAACCGAUUGGAGAGAAGAGACUUAUGGAUACCUUCUUCAAGGAAGGCAAGAAAAAUUAUUGCGUAAAAUAGUGUGUUAAUUAUGUUGUCCAGACAUCUGAAUUAAAUGGAGUGUUAAAUGUUUGUAGGUAAAAACACUUGCUUCUAUGGGGUAUGUUAUUACUGUAAGAAAGCUGAAGCUGCAUGUGCCAAUGGUACAGUCAUGGAGGGCUCCGUGACGCUGUGGCUUCCAGCAGGCUGGCCCCUCAAGAACUGGAGACAUCCAUGGCAGAGGACAUACCGAGAUGAUAGAAAGGCAUUGUAAGUAGGACUUCUUAUAUUUACAUUAGCUCUGUUUAAGUUUGUAAUCUUUUCAUUGGUGGGACAAUCUGUGUUGAUACAUGUUCAAUUUAAAGUGAAUCUGUUUGAAGUGAUAAGAGAAAUUUACUUCCCAGAGGUGGCUCAAUGUUUGUUGGUGAAUAAUUACUUAAAAGACAGGGCCCAGUUGCUUGAAGGCCCUUUCUUUUUCUUUUGUUCAGAUUUAUAUUUUCAGAUAAUGUUCUCUUUUCUUUUUAGAGCAUCCAAUCAUCAAAUAAUUGAUAAAAGAAUUACACGGCAUUUGCUUUCAAAUGUUGCACUAACCCUGGGUUAUCUUAACCCAGUUUUGAACAACCUGACUAGGGUUUUAUUUAUAGACCAUUACAGUCUGUGUGUGUACCCACAAAAAUGCCAAUUUAGUCAACUUAAUGUCACAUUUUGUGUAGAUAAACACAUGGGAUGUCCGGGGGGCAUUCCACUAUAACUGGUCAUCUUGAGGCUGAAGGAAUCAAAAGGCCUAUCUGACUGAUCAAAGUGAUGACCACUGAAUACCCUUGAUCAAUAUCCUUUAUUUAUCACAAUUGUUUGUGUGAGUAACUCAGCACAAAGAAAGGCUUUUGUUGAGGUGAUACCGGAAAGAUAAUUAUAAACGUCAUUUGGUUUAUCAACAGUAAGGAAUGAGAUAUAAACAGCUUUAAUUUAGAGAGAAACUAUUAAGAAAUCGUAAUAAUAUCCCAUAAUGUGAGAGCCAUUGCACUUUCCAGAUGAAGUUAAUUUCUCUAUAGUUUCAAAAUAACUUUGGAAUUGUGUUGUCUAUAGAUCGACAGCAAAUAUUACAUUUUUCUGAAAAAUAAAAGAAAUUUCAAUCCAGAAGGCUUGGAAUGCUAAAUGAGAUGAGAGGUUUUUUCUAUGUCUAUAUAAAUCAAUAUUUCAUCAAUGAACAUUCCAGCAUCUCCGGAGCCAAGAGGCGUGGAAAAUUAUUCAAAUUCAUAGCCUAGUAUUAUGGGGCUGUAAGAAGGGCAUCGAAAAAUAUUGAAAUGGAAAUUAAGUUCAUCCAAAACAUGUUACUUAUACUACUAAUACAGAAGAUUGAACAGCUGCAAUCAAUUUCAUCUUUCCUCAAAUUGCUUUUCAUUCCUUGAAAAUUAAGAGGGGAAAAUAUCACUAUGAAUACACUGAUUCGAUAGACUAUUAUUAUUUUUUGUAUAGUUCUUCAUCUGGUCUUGUGUUUAAUCGAUCGAAGUUAUGCAAACUGAAUAAUUUAUCCGAGGAUUUUUUGGUUUGGCAAAAUUAAUGUUAAUGCAGUAGCCAUUUUGUUAGCGCAAAGGGAUAAAUUUCCAGAAUGUGUGCACCCAUGAGUAGAGAAAAGGAGCGGAGGCGUCCUCUCCCCUUGUGCACUAUAUAAAACCCAAGCAAAAAAAAUUAACCAGCACCUCCUCUGUCAUUCUUAUCCACAAUAUUUUUGUAAACAAUUCUGUACGAGUCAAAAUCAGUGGAAACUUGAGAAAGACCUACGAAGAUUCAUAAAAAUAAUGUCGGCGAUUAUAUACUCCUGAUUUUUCGCGGACCAUUUUAACGGUGACCUCUCCCAAAUUGAGUGGGGUUAACAUUCCUUGCAAUGAUGCAUUUGAUGAAAUUGAUAAGACGUUGUCCUCUUUUUACAAGAAGUUCAACAAAAUUGUUGAACAAGCACGUACCUAUGGAAACCGGUUUCUAUACAGCAACGCGGAGCUAAAAAAAACUGAGAUAAUUAUAGGAAUCAGAACUCAAAUACCUUUGAUUAAAGUUUAAAAAGGCUAGAUAUAUCUAGCAAUGACACGAAAUAUAAUUUAUAUAGAAAUAAUAUCUGCAGCUCGACACUUAUGAGAAAAAACUGUUUUUCUUUCUGAUCAGUACUUCAAUGGGAAUUUAAACAACAUAAAAAGACUUGGAAAGGAAUACAUAAAUUAUGAAAUCGUGAAAACGAAAAAGUCCAAAUCUAUUAAUUACAGUGCCCUAGUAAUAAGGCCGGAUUACAAAAACUAAGUCACCCAUGACCUGACCCUGAUCAUGAACUAAUAUCCUCAAUGACCACUUUACAGCAGUAGGGCAGAGAUUAGCAAGAGCUAGACCCUCAGCACGGACUUACUUUACCGAUUUCCUUAGGAAAGUUAAACCAUCCGAUUCCUCUUUUAAUUUCGUCUUUUAACCUAUCGUGUUAAGUGAAAUUCGGUUAGAAAUGUAAUAUACCGGUAUUCCAAAUUAUAAUUUACAUGGCCUCCAGUAAUCCUAUCCCGCACCAAUAUCAAACUGUGCAAAAUCAUAUACCCAUUUUAAAAGCACUGAGAAGACAAGACUGAAACCAAAUGACUACCUGUUAAUUUCUUUACGAUAUAACUUCAACAGAAAUGUUUUCCAAAAAAUGAAAUCUUUCACAAACAGAAAAGAGAUAUUAAACCCAUCUCAAUACUCAACACGCAAUUGUAUUGACCUCGUAAAUGCUAUUCAAACAAAUAUGGAAACACGCCUAUAUUCGUGUCGCGUCUACAAGGUAUACGCCUAAAAGAAGUUUUCGAUACAAUCUUUCUUGACAAGCUUAACUAUUAUGGGUUUCGUGAAAUGAUAACCAAAUGGUUUUUGUCUUAUCUUCGAGACCGAACACAAACGACACAAAGUUGUUCUUAUAUAUCUGAAAGAGUCGUAACAACUUGCGGUUUUCAGAUCUGUAUUAGGCCCGUUGCUUUGUUUUGCUUUAUAAUGUAUUAUUCGUGAUAUCUGCAGCUGCGCAAAUAAUCGCAACCUUUAUCUUUUCGGUUAUGAUACUAAUAUUUUAUAUGCCAAUAAAAAUCGUAAAUCUUUAGAACAAGCAGUGAAUUGUGAACUCCAAACAUUUAACUAACUUUAAAAAGCCAAAUUUUGUCAAAUUCCGUCCCUUUAGAAAAAAACUAACAUUUCCGGUCCAUUACAGAUAGAUACUUUCUUUUAAUGAGGGUUUCAUUUGAUACCCACAGACAAUACACGCGUGGCAAUCAACAAAAAUUAAGCAUCAAAAAAUAAUAAAGUAAUUAAAUAAAAAUUAAAUAAUAUACAUAAUUUUAGAAAGUCCUACUUAUGAUCAUGAAAGGUAUGUUUUAUAAUGAGUAUUUUUGGCAGUGAGAGAAAUAAGAAAAUCUUCUUGGAUUGCUAAGAUUUUGUAAAAUACCUCGCAUUGUUGAUAUAUUAUAGCCUCUCUUGGAAAAACAUUUGGUAACCCCAGCCUUCACUGGCCGUUUUCUGAACAGUUAUGAAAGUCCUAUAUCGCCCCAUGUAGGGAAAUGUGGAUCCCCGAAACCGGGGAAUUCUGGCUUGUGGAAUCCGGAAUCCUUGGUCCUAGAAUUCCUGAAUACUGCCCAAGGAAUCCGGUAUACCACUAAAGAUAAGAAUCCGGAAUCCAAGUUCUAUUGACAAGAAUUCGGACUCACUACCUGGAUCGGGAAUCCAUGGGAAGUUAGCGAACGUGGCUCGUGUAUUGUAACUUGAGAGAUAUUGUUGGCAAUAAAGUGUUUCAAUGCAUUUUUUUGUUUGUCUGUUUGUUUAGAUGGGAGGUGGACAACACAUAUUGCAAGAAAAAGGUGCUAAGAACUCCACCAUAUAAUUCUGGGCCUCGGCUUCUUGAUAUCAUGGACACAGCACUGUUUGAUUUUUUAAUAGGUUUGUAAGUUUUGUUAUUGUUGUGUUACCCUUGAACUGCUCGCAUGGUGUAGAAACUCAAAAAGGCAUCAGGCGAAAUCGAGAAAGUUUGAGGUACAAAAGAAGGGGAAGUUCAGUACGACCGCUAGCUAUGAGCCUUUGCAGUGACUACAGAAAAUCCAACCAUUAAGGAUGGCCAAGUGUGUUAUUAUGUAUCCAACUUGUAUUUCAAAACAGCUUCUACAGGUCACUCGUUAGAAAAGUCAAUGUUUGCUUCAAAGUACCUCACAGACUGAGUAGUAGUACUUCUUUAGUUGAUGCAUUGUAUGCGGAACUUGCAAUUGCCGUAUCUUUGACGGGCAUUUUUUCUAAGGACGAGGGGUAUAUAAUCAGUUUCGAGGCUGGUUGAAUUAUAGUAGGCAAGUUGUUAGGUAAAUAAAGCAACUUAGAGUAAAUAUUCUUCUAUCAGCCCUCCCUAGGGAAUGGAGACAGACAUCAUUAUGAGACCUUUAGAGAUGAAGGUGUUAGCGGAAUGUUGUUACACCUUGAUAAUGCAAAGAGGUAACUAUUGGUUUCUAUUAAACAGUGCUUAGUCAGUCUUAAGUCAUUCCAUCCGUUCAUAUAUUAUACAGAUGCGUAGUGUCCAUUGGUGUAUUUACCCGUUUGUAGGGCAGACUUCUCGCCCUUUGCUAGCAAAAUCAUUGAUGGCGUCUCUGUUUUACCAUUUUUACCGCAAACAUUGUACCUUACUGAUAACACAAGAGAUGAAAAUUAAACAACUAAUUAUUGCAUUAGCCAUUUUCCUUUACUGAAAAUGCCCUGCGGAAAAUGUAGGAAAUGCAUUUCUGAUCCCCUAAAUUUGAAAAAUUUCCCGGGGGAGCAUGCCCCCCAGACCCCCCUAGUUUCCAGUACCUUCGGAGGUGCAACCUUUCUUUCCGCGCGUACAACUUCAAAACCUCGCGCUAUGCCCCUGUAUAUUUUAUGUCAAAUUGUUAAGGGCCUCAGUCCAAGUUCAAACGAGGAAGGAAAACUGUCGUCGCGUGUUCACGUCCUCACAUAAGACUCGCUUUAGAGUUGUUGUUUUGCAAGGAAAAAAACAAUUUCCCUUUACGGUACUAUUUUGACGUCCUGUGAUUAAUUAACAUUCUUUUUUCUCAAGCUUUGGUAACCCUUAUCAUGAUGAAAUGUCUAUUCUUGCUCCAGUGUACCAAUGUUGCAAGUAAGUCAAUAAAAACUUUUUGACGUUUAUUUAGAUCAUUUCGUUGCAGUUUGUAAAGAAUAGUUUAAAGCUGAUGGACCUUUGUUCUAGGAAAUAGUCACGUUGGCUUUAAGCACUACUUGUAUUAAUUCUUAUCUGACUUUUCAUCGUUAGAUCAUUUUUUACCGUACAUGACAAUAGGGUGUUUUUAUCAGAUAUAAAGACACUUAUUAAACAUUUUAAAAAAUUUCUUUUUUUUUUUCCUCUCUAUGAAUUAUUAAUGAGUUUCUAAAGCUCUCUAAACGACCAGCUCCAGUUACGAGCGCUACUUCGAAUUUCCGAGAUGGUAGCUUACGAGGGCUUCGAUUGUAGUCCAGUUUAUGAGUUCGCCAUGACCCGCUGAGUAAAAAUAGCGAAGGCGCAUUUUCAGGACUUAAGCGUGUUAUCUGAAGUGAAGAUAUUCAUAAAUCCCGGCGAUACAAUGACUUGAGAUCAGGCUCUGUUUUCGUUUCGCUUUGAAAAUUACAUUCCGUUAGAGAGAGUGUAUGAGAACCCCUAAAAUUGGGCCUGAUCUCAGGUUAAUGACUUGUUUAUUUUUCAUUUUCAAAUUUGAGACACCUUUCUGCUGCUAUUUGUGAAUAUUUUGCUUUAGGUAGAGGCUAACACAGUAACAGUGUGUAAUUUGUGUUUGUAUUCAGCGGUAAUUUUUAAUUCGAAACGGACCACGCACUUUAAUGGGUACCAAUCACUUGAAUGGCUCAAUCGUCGCCCGUCAUAACCAUCUCGGAGGAAUUUAUGAAUCAUGAGCUUCUGAUUAUGGGGCACACGUUUUUGUACGUUACUGGUAAAAAGACGUAAACGGAAUGGAAGGAGACUCGACCAGAGUGAAUUUCUUGUCAAAAUCUCUUGAGCAGUAGAAAGGGAAGGAGUAGCAAUUUUCGUAGAAGUAAGGACAACCUCACGAAUUGUCAACUCUUAGCUAGCGCAGGAGUAAUUACUAUUAAUUAGAUGUCAACGUGACUGUUUUUGUCUUACAGAGUUCGAAAGUCAACAUGGAAUCGCUUUUUAUCGUUAAGUAGACAGAGGAUUCCUUUAAGUGAACUUUUGCGUCAAGCGACUAAAGAUGAUCCUGUGGCGCCAGUUCUCUCAGAGCCUCAAUUUAAAGCUAUCGAUAGAAGACUGAAAAUAGCCAUGGACACGGUCAAAAAGUGCAUCAGGCAAAAUGGGGAAAGUGCAGUUUUGGUCGCUGAUCAAGUGGCAUAG